CACGGACCGGCGGCCGUUUGAAUAUUUUUCCCGUAGCGGCACCGCAGUGUUCCCGCCUCAUCGCGUGUGUGCUGUACCGUCUGUGCGUAUUCAACACGUGUCGAUUGUGAUUAAAAUAAUAGCCAAUAUUUUUACCAGAUUUAUCGUUGUUGUUGGUUUUGUUCAUUUUUCGAUUCGUCCAUAAUCGACGGCGUUGUACAGUGUGUGUGUGUAUGUUGUCUCGAUUAGCGCGCUUCGAUAUUGUCAUGUGUGCAUUCGCACAGUGAGCCGGUAUAUGUGAUAAUAUAUUUUAAUAAAUAUACAUGUCGCUAUACCGCGUGCGCGCGACCAAGAAAAUAAACGUACUUAGGCGCGGACGUUAAGACGGUUUAAACGCCGCACACGAGUGAAAAAUAGGCGAUCGUAUUCAGGAAGUGGUGAUUGCAAAUAAUGUGAGCGGGUUAUUGGCGUCGAUUUUGUUUGGAUUUACACAAAAACAAAAAUCCGUUAAAAUAUGUCACCGUACAGUAGAGAGCAUCAUACGGCUGUCGUAGCCCCCGUGUCUACCGUUUCACCUGUGAUCGAGGAAUUCGGUAAGAGAGACGAUAGCUGUAGUUUGCCGACGGCUCUCCAUCAACACAAGUACCAGCAAGAUCCAGGAAAGCCCACUGCAGGAUAUACCACAGGAUUUUCGUUGCUUCGCCGUUUGUUGCGUUGGUGGUUGGCCAGAUUCGGCCAGAAACCAUUAGUCAAAAAAGGCGUGUUGGAGAUGAGCGCCGCGACUGAAAACGGUAUCCGGUUAAGCGGGCACACCUUAGACAAAGCGACCAAGGCUAAAGUCACGCUUGAAAAUUAUUAUAGUAACUUGAUAGCCCAACACAUCGAACGCAAGCAAAGGUUGGCUAAGCUAGAGGAAACCUUGAAAGAUGAAAAUCUUUCUGAACAACAAAAACAAGAAAAACGCCAACAACAUGCCCAAAAAGAAUCUGAGUUUCUCAGGUUAAAACGAUCAAGGCUUGGAGUAGAAGAUUUCGAACCCUUAAAAGUCAUUGGCCGUGGUGCUUUCGGAGAGGUAAGACUAGUCCAGAAAAAAGACACUGGUCAUAUAUACGCUAUGAAGAUCCUUCGUAAGGCGGACAUGCUUGAAAAGGAACAAGUAGCCCACGUUCGUGCGGAAAGAGAUGUACUUGUCGAAGCAGAUCAUCAGUGGGUCGUUAAAAUGUACUACAGUUUUCAGGAUCCAAUAAACCUUUACCUUAUAAUGGAGUUCCUGCCGGGUGGUGACAUGAUGACACUGCUCAUGAAAAAGGACACUUUAAGCGAAGAGUGUACACAGUUUUACAUUGCUGAAACGGCUUUGGCCAUCGACUCUAUUCACAAGCUCGGAUUCAUACACAGGGAUAUCAAACCGGACAAUCUUCUGUUGGACGCUAGAGGUCAUAUAAAAUUAUCUGACUUUGGACUUUGUACGGGUCUCAAAAAAUCACACCGAACAGAUUUCUACAGGGACCUCAGUCAAGCCAAACCCUCAGACUUCAGUUUUUUCUGUUCCACAGCUUCGAAUCCAAUGGACAGCAAAAGGCGAGCAGAGAGCUGGAAAAGAAAUCGCCGAGCGCUAGCCUACAGUACAGUCGGUACGCCUGAUUAUAUCGCACCCGAAGUCUUUUUACAAACCGGGUAUGGUCCAGCGUGUGAUUGGUGGAGUGUUGGUGUUAUUAUGUACGAAAUGCUAAUAGGUUAUCCGCCGUUCUGUAGUGAAAAUCCUCAGGAAACGUACAGGAAAGUUAUGAACUGGCGAGAGACGCUAAAUUUCCCCGCCGAAGUACCUAUCAGCGAAGAGGCACGUGAUGCAAUUACUAGGUUCUGUUGCGAAUCCGAUCGGCGGCUAGGCAAUAGUGGCCGAGGUAUUGACGAGCUGCGUUCGACAAUAAGUUUUUUCAGAGGAGUUGACUGGGAACACAUUAGAGAGCGACCAGCAGCCAUUCCGGUGCAAGUAAAAUCUAUUGAUGAUACCUCUAACUUUGACGAUUUCCCUGAUGUCAAACUCGAAAUACCAUCUGCUCCUCUUCCACAAGACGGUGAAGUGAUUUACAAAGACUGGGUGUUUAUCAACUAUACAUUUAAACGGUUCGAGGGACUCACACAGCGAGGCAUAGCGACCAAAAAGUGAUUUGAAAAGUUCUAAAUAGUGCUAAUGUGAUAUUUUUAUCUAACCCUCUCCCGCUCUUUUCUCUUCUCAUCGACCACCACCAACCCAUUACGAUCACUUUACUAGUUAGCAUCAUUCAGGCUAUGAUCUCAAUGUUGGAAAAGUCUAUUAUAUUCAUCAGAAGUGCUAAUACUGAAUAUUUAAGAAGAUCGCCAAAUAUUUUUGACAAAUAUGACCUACAUCUAACACGAUAAUAUCAUUAGAAUAUAUUUUGCCACUACCGUCAUUAGACUUAAAAGAAACUUAAUAAUAUAUAUUGUUUUAAAAACAAAUAAUUUUUGUGCACACUAAAGAUAUCUCUUAGGCUUCGUCUAGUCAUUUCUUCUUCAUUUUUUUACUUCAUCAAUUUAAAGUUAAAAAUGUAAACAAUUGACACAACAAUUUUUAAAAAAAAAUUUAUCAUUACUUAUCAAUUAAUAUAAUAAUAGUAAGUUAUUUAUGAGCUUAAUGCUGUAAUAAAAACCCUGAGCACCGAAGAAUAUGUAUUUGUAUUAUACAUAUAGCUAUGUGCAGUAUCUGCCAGUACAUUGUCAUGGCAUGAUAUUGUAAUAUUCUAUGCAAUGAUGCAAACUGGUUAACAUAAUCAUUACCUUCUUAUAAAUGUUCCAAAUAUUGAUUUUUUUCUUUUAUAGUUAUCAGUUUAGAAUUUAAGCAAAUAAACAUUUUUUUUUUUUAAAUAACACAUUAGUAUGUUCCUAUAUAACUAGGUAGUGGUAUCUAAUGAAUUUAAUGUCGGACAAUAAAGCCGAAAAGCGAUUGACUUUGAGAACAGGUUAGGUUUAAGAUUUGUUUUGAUUAUAAUAUUUGUCUUUUAAUAGGUAUACAUUUCAUUUGUUUAUCAUGUGUAGAAGUUAGAUUUAACAGUUGUGAUAUUCGCAAAGUUGAUUAUUGUUUGUUUGUAAUUUUUUAUUAUUAUUUUUUUUUAUUAUUACUAUUAUUAUUAUUAUUAUUAUUAUAUUACAUUCACUGCUCAAUUGGUUAAUUGUCUGUUGAAGGUUCGCAUCUUUUUUUAUCGAUAUUGAAUUUUAAUUGCAUUAAUUUUAUUUAAAUAAAUUUAUGUGUUUUACGGUUUUAAGUUUCAGUUUUUACAGUGUGUGUGUAUAUAUUUUUUGUAACUUGUUUUUUCCUCUUAAAAAAAAGAAAUGUUAUUUGUUUUUUUGCAUAUUUGUAAAUAGCAAACACAAUUAUAGUUAUUAAAAAAACAAACCGCUAUCGUUAACAUAAUUAAAAGCGGACUGAAAUUAUUUACUUUUGAGCAGUGGAUUUUUACCUUUGAUUCUCUUAAUGUUAAAUUUAGUUACGAGUUAUAAAUUGUGUUUAAUAUAUAUAUAUAUAUAUAUUUAUGUAUAGGUGUGUAUGUGUAUAAACAAUAAUAUUUUAUGUAUUUGAAUAGUACAAAACUUAGAAGUACUGUUGUGGCCUUAGACUACUACUAAUCGGCUAAUAUUAUUUGAAAGAACCCAAACAGAUAUAUAUAUAUAUAUAUUUACUCUCAUAUAUGAAGGACACAGGGAAAAAGUAGUAGUCACAUUAUGAAAAUUUUUGAGUAUAGCAAAAACAAAGUUCGUGAAUUCCUCUCCAUCUUACCUAAGAACAAAAAAAUCACAUUAAAUGCUAUUCUAAUAACAAAUAUAUUUAUUUAAACAAUCUAUUGACAUAAAUACAAAAAAUUAAUGGCAUAUAUUGAAAAAAACUAUUUGAAAAAAAAAUUUCAUAAUGUGACUACUACUGUUUUUCCCCUGAGCCUUUCAUAUAUAUAUGUAUAAUAUGUACUGUUGUUAUGUGACCUUAUCAGCUGUCUCUUAUUGUGUAAGUGUUGGUGUUUAUAU